UUUCUGAUCUCCCAUGCAUUUCAUUUCAUUCAUUCAUUCAUUAAGGUGGUUGAUCGAAAAUAACAUGGAUAGAAGCUGAAAACAAAGAUUUCAAAACAAGAAAUCCAAUAGAAAAAUCAGUUUCCCUUAUCCUCCUAUCAGCAGCCUCUUGCCCUUAUAUAAAGGACUGCCAAAAACCCAAAAGUGUACUCUAAACUAUCCUUAUACACCUUCCUAAAAAUGGAUUCCAAGAAGCCUUACCUUGUUGCAAUUUUCAUUCAAAUUACUUUUGCUGGAAUGAGCUUAUUGUCCAAGGCUGCCUUCGCUACCGGUAUGAAUACGUAUAUCUUCCUCUUCUAUCGUCAAGCUGCUGGCAGUCUCAUCCUAAUCCCACUAACUUUACUCUUAAAAGGGAAGGAGAAGAGGCCAUUGUCCUUCAAACAGCUCUGCCAAUGUUUUUUCAUUUCAUUGAUAGGGAUAACUCUUGCAAUGAAUGCUUAUGGAGUGGCCGUUGAUUACACAUCAGCAACUCUUGGAGCUGCAGCUUUCAACUGUCUUCCUGUCUCAACGUUCAUCUUCGCCGUCUUAUUUAGAAUGGAGAGAGUGAACUUAAAGAAAGCAGCUGGGAUAGCAAAGGUGGGAGGAAUGAUGAUAUGUGUGGGAGGGGCAGCAAUACUUGCCUUCUACAAAGGACCAUAUCUAAAGCCAAUAAUAUCACACCCGAUUUUUCACAUUGAGGAAUCUGAAACCGACAUUACUACAACAUCUCAAAAGUCAUGGUUGCUGGGGUGCUUCUUUCUGCUAGUGGCUACUGUGGGUUGGGGGAUUUGGUUCGUGUUUCAGGCUAAGUUCUUGAAGGGUUACCCUCACCCAGUUGAAUUCAUGUGCGCUCAAACAGUGAUGAGUGUAGUUCAGUGCUUUGUUGUGGCUAUUAUUGUGGAAAGAGAUCCUUCAGAAUGGAAAUUGGGUUGGAAUGUUAGACUCUAUGCUGUUCUCUAUUGUGGUAUUUUGGUGAUUGGAAUUGCAAACAAUGCACAAUGUUGGGUAAUCAAAGAAAAGGGUCCAGUUUUCCAAGCCAUGAUGAUGCCCUUGAAUUUAGUCGCAACCAUCAUCGGUUCUCAACUAUUUUUGGCCGAAGGAAUUUACUUGGGAAGUGUGAUCGGUGCAAUUUUGCUAGUAACAAGUCUUUACAGUGUUUUAUGGGGAAAAAACAAAGAGCUUGUGGUUACUCCAACUAACCAAGAACGACCAUCGUCUCCAGAUUCUCUACCACAAAAAGAGUCUGAAGAGCCGGCCAAUCGUUCUCAAGUUGACUCCACGAUAGUCUAAAAUUACAUGUCUUUGUACUCAUUAACUUUUUUUUUCAUACUAUAUGAAUUAGUUUCUCUCUCUUCUCUUUGUAGUUGUAUUUUUAUCAGAGUAUGCAGUAAUAUGCAGUUAAUAGCUUGAUGUAAUACAUAAAGAAUGUACUUUCAACCUUGUCAGAGGUUCAAUCUUUUGUAAAAAGAAGGAUGAAAUUCAAGCAUUAUCCACUUCAAAUUAAAAUAUUGUUUUGUAA